CAGCAACCGCUUUGAUCCUGUGGUCUCCUGAGGCUCCCUCAAUCGUCUGGGCAGACAGGCUGAGGGACCUCGGACUACUAGAGUCCGCGUGCGUGCUCCUUGCCUGCUCCACGGUCUCCUCUGUUCUUCUCCCAGCCGGUUUCUCCCGGGCUCCAUGCUUCCACCCCUCCUCUUGGCAAGCCCAGAGCACCCCGGACCCUUCAGGCAAUCGCUUCUAGAAAUUUGGAGGGAGGUGGGACUCGGUUCUCUUUGCCACUGUGCGGGAGUGGUGCAGGCGUCCUCCCGGCCGAUUGGGAAGUAGAAGUGGUGCGGUGGGCAGAGAUCCCUCGGCCAGCUGGGAACACUGGUCUUCCUGGGAGCCCUGCUGGGAGCACACAGUCCCUUGGACAUCGGGUUUGGCUCUGACUCUGACCUUCCCCGGAUGCCUCCAGAGCACAAGGUCAUCAUCGUGGGACUGGACAAUGCAGGAAAGACCACCAUUCUCUAUCAGUUUUUGACCAAUGAGGUGGUUCACACGUGUCCCACCAUUGGCAGCAAUGUGGAGGAGAUUGUUCUUCGGAAGACCCACUUCCUCAUGUGGGACAUCGGGGGACAGGAGGCUCUGCGCUCCACCUGGAGCACAUACUACUCCAACACGGAGUUCGUCAUCCUCGUGAUUGACAGCACAGACCGGGAUCGGCUGCCCACCACUCGGGAGGAGCUGUACAAGAUGCUGGCCCAUGAGGCACUUCGAGAUGCUUCAGUGCUGAUCUUUGCCAACAAGCAGGAUGUGAAGGACUCCAUGACCACGGUGGAGAUCUCCCAGUUCCUCACUCUCAGCGCCAUCAGAGACCAUCCGUGGCAUAUACAAGGCUGCUGUGCCCUGACUGGGGAAGGGCUGCCAGCAGGGCUCCAGUGGAUGCAGUCUCAGGCCACUGCCAAAUGAUGUCCCAGCCUGAGGCCAAUGAGACAUGUUGGGGGUUCUGCAUGGUCAACAUGGGUGAAAAACUCAAAUGCCACUUUACCUUUCUAUGAUUCUCUGGUGGGAGCAGAGCCAGCUACGGACAGGGAGAUUGCCACCAUCUACCCAAGCCUUCAUUGAGGAGCAGGACUGUAAGUCCUGGAUUGAUAACAGACAGAACAACAGAAAAAACUGCCCCUCACUCCAUGGAUGCAAGUGUCCUUCUUGGAGACAUCAGGGAAGCUGUGAUGUGCUGGGGGAUUAGAAAGUGGAGCCCUCUCCUUCUCAGCCCUCAACCUGUCUGUAGGAAACUCGUGGGAAGUAAGAGGUCGUUGAAAUUGCUUCUCAUUUCUUAACAAUAUCCACCCUCUCCAGCUUUCUAGAAAGUCUCUCAUUUUUGUCCCAUACUCUUUGAGAUUCCAGAAGGAUGAAGAAGGUGGCUUGGAGGCAGGAGGGUAGGGCCAAAACCUGGGAGGGGUAGGAACUUCCCACUCCUUCUGAGAUGCUGACUCUGACUGCAGUUUGGGGGCUGUAAGCACCCCCCCCCCCCCAGUGGUAUUCCCUUGGCUCUCAGUGUCCUUCCAAUGUGAAUCCCACUCCUCCUAAUUGUUCCAGAUUCCUACAGGACCUGCUUAUUUUGUUUUUGUGUGAUGACUUUUUAAAUAUUGCAUUGAUAUUUUAAUAAAGGAGUAAUAAAUGUCAUC